CAGUCUCGAUUUGGAUCUAUCCCAAACUGGUUAGAUUCCAGGAGCCUGGAAGCUCACUUUUUGGGAGCACAUUGCCCCACAAAAAUACACGGAGGCGCGGUUUCGCAUACGGUUUGCCCACAGGUUGAAAUGUCGGAUAAGAAACUCAAUGUGAGAUUAAAGACAAAGUUUUUUCUGUGAAGAAAAUCUAAUCAUAAACCACCCCCUUAUUUUUUCAAAUUAAUCAACCCCUUUGCUAAUUUCUUCGGCAUAAUCAAAAUCACAAUGUAAUUGCAAGAAGGGAGAAAAUUUAUAAGCAAAAGUGAUUAAGAGAAGAUUAAUUGUUGUUUAUUUUUUUUUAUUAAUAAAUGAUAAAUUAUGUGGAAAUGUUGAAUUAUGAUUGGAAAACGAACUAUUAGGUAUUUUUGGUGUAUGAGCAAUAUUUAGAGGGCUGUGUGUGUGUGUGGUAAACGUGGACAAUUGGGAGACUUGUGCGAAGUGCAGGUACAAAAGGACAGCUCAGUGCCACACACCUUUAGCCAAUUUUCUCAAUGUGCCAGUAAAUAUUUGCAGUGGGUUGUUGGCAAUACAGGACAAAGGGGUGAGAUAACAAUCCAUCCACCCACUAUGGGCCACUCCAAGUGGCACUUUCACGCAAAGAAGUGACAAGUGCAAGAAAAAAGAAUCUCAUUCAACAAAUUCACAUCACCCAUUCAAAAACACCCCAAAAAGGUCCUUUAAAGGGGCGCAAUGUGUAACCAGAAGGAACUCUCUGACUAAUGAGGAAGAAACGUAAAUCAAAAUUCAAUUUAUAGGGCUAAUAUUUGUGAGAGAAAAUUCCCCCACGUUAAUUCCAUUGGAGAUGCCACCGAAUGAGACAGGAUGUGAAAAUUGCGCUCUGUUGCACUUUUAAUUUGCCUAUUAAUAAAGUAGGUAUACAACACAUUUUCCUCCUUGUUGGAUAUAAUUAAAGAAAAUCGUGCGCGGGUGGAAAAGACGAACAAGUGAGGGCAUUGACAUUUAGACGAAUGCCCACAAUUUAAUGGUUACUAAUUAAAUUAAAUAUUAUAUUAAAUGUUUCAAAUAAAAUAAGGUGCAUUUAGUAAAUUAUCACUGAGAGCAAAUUUCAAUUGCUACCGUGUCACUAACUAAAAAAAAAGAAAUAAAAUUGUACAAAAAAGUCGACUUUUCGGAAAAACGGGUAGUUUAAUUGAAAAAAAAAAGAAUCGUGUGUGAAUGAUGAUAAAUUAACGGACGUUCGUGAAACCUUUUAGUCUGUAAAAGAAAGAAAUCUUUGCACUCUAUCGUCUGAGUUAACACUAUAAAAAAAUUUGUAUUCAAUAAAAAAACUGUGGCAGUGGACCAGCUACCGAACAUUCGGAAUUUAUGUGUUUUUGAUAAAAAAGUAAGGCUCAAAUAAACCCCCAAAGAAUGGACAAGAAAAAGCUCCACCAUUAAUUAAUUAUCCGGAGGCAAGUUUAAAACCAUGAUAAUCAGCUGUAAUUUAUCAGUGUGAUCAGUGAAAAGUUCACCACCGUAAAUUGCGUGAAAAAGCACCCUCUUAUCUCUGAUGCUCGCCAAACACCCCCUUUCGCAUCUCAAGUAAUCUGUGCGCUCCUUUUUUUGGGCUUUUUGCUUUAAACUAAAUCAUGAAAAGAGUGGUCGAUAUCCGUAAGGAAAAAGCAAAACGUGCGUGCAAAAAAAGCUCCUUCGGGAUUUGAGACAUACAGCACACACACAUAUAGCACAAUGGGGAUGGAGAGCAAUUGAGUUCUUUAAAGUAUAUAAUAACAACAGCGCGUACCAUUUGAGAAAUUGUCGUUUUUCUUUCUUCUUCAAAACAAGAGCAAAAAGAAAGCUGAAGAAGAAGAGAUUAUGCCGGAGCGUACAUGAACAGUGAAAAAGAACGUAAAGCUGGCAAAUGGUGUGAUUUAGGUGUAUGCACCAACUGCAUUUGGGACCAACGAAGAAAACUCCUUUAAAAGAGAAAAAAAAUAACUAGGCCACUUUCAAUUAAGCAAUCAAUGAGAUAGCCCAGAAGUCAUUGCCCAAAUUUCAAGCUUCACCGGAAAAUGCCAAGAACAUCAAUUUAACGAAUUUAUUCAGCAACAUAUAGGAAAAUAGUUUGAACAAAAUUGAACAAAAAAAAGGAAUUUAAUUAGAAGGUAAAAAAAAAAAGAAAUCAUUUAAUGCAUGUGCUGGAAUUGACCGCAAUAUACACAUUUCCACACAACAAGGAGGCAUACAUGGUUAACAAGCAAUAGUAGUACGAACCGAACAAAAGGGGGUUGGGUUUUGUGGUGGAACGCACACCAGGAAAGUCAUUCGGUUUUUGGCACCUCGAGGGAAUAGAGAAAACGUACAAACAUGGAAUACCCCGUGGGUAACAUCACAAAUGAGGAUUUUUUGGCGAUGAUUGGGAAUGCAUCGGGUUUUGGGCAGGCAGGUGUCGCAGGGGGUGGCAAUGAUAGCUACAUUAAUGGCACAUUGUCCCCCCUCUCAACAACAACCGCCCCAGCUCUCCAUGGUACCUACCCGAGUGGAUACACGAUAGCACACAUUGUAUUCGCUUCCAUUGUCGUUACCAUCCUCAUGGUGAUCAUCGUGGUGGGCAACAUGCUGGUCAUAAUCGCCAUUGCCACGGAAAAAUCACUCAAGAACAUCCAGAAUUGGUUUAUAGCCUCCCUCGCGGUGGCUGACUUCUUUCUCGGGCUCGUCAUUAUGCCCUUCUCCCUGGCCAAUGAGCUGAUGGGCUAUUGGGUUUUUGGUGCAUGGUGGUGUGACAUUCACUCAGCAAUGGAUGUCCUCCUGUGUACGUCCUCAAUCAUGAAUUUGUGCCUCAUCUCCCUGGAUCGUUACUGGAGCAUCACAAAAGCAGUUGAGUACCUCAAGACACGAACACCCGCCAGGGCGGCUAUCAUGAUAACAGCCGUAUGGAUAAUGUCUGGACUCAUUUGCAUCCCACCGCUUCUUGGAUGGAAGGCAAAACAACCCGAAGGACCGUUGCCACAGUGCCAGCUAAGUGAAGAUCUUGGCUAUGUGCUGUACUCCGCCCUUGGGUCCUUCUACAUACCAAGCUGUAUUAUGGUGUUUGUGUAUAUUAGGAUAUAUUUUGCUGCAAAACGGAGAGCCAGACGAGGCAUCAAGAAACCACCGAGGAAGUCAGCCACCAAUGAACAGGUGACAAGCUUCACGACCAGUCCAUGUAAAGCAGGGACACGUCCAAUGCCCUCAGUGCCUAGUACAGCGCCCAAUACACCCCAACAAAUGCAGCCGGCCCCGCCAAAGUUGGAACCGUCGAUUUCAACGAUCGACGCCCGCACAAAUCCGGCUGCUGCCCCAGCCGCCAUGUCCAUCCCCGUUGUCACGUGUGACUUUGCCUCGGAUGUUUCCACGAGCGAAGCGUGCGACACAGUGGAUCCAAACUACGGCAAAGACACACUGAAAGUUAGCACGAUCGUGACGACGCAUUCACCGAUGAUUCGCCCAUCGAGCAACGGCACCACGACGUCCAAUGACUUGGCGUCCCCAACGACAGCGGGACGAUGUAGGGCUUUGUCCGUUGGCAUCGAUACGGACAUGGUCAGCGAAUUCGAUCCAUCGAGCUCAGACUCGGGCGUGGUGAGUAGAUGUGCUGUUGUAAAACCGCUUAAGUUGAAACUUUGUCAACCAAUUUUUGGGAAAAAGCACCAUCGCAAGAAAAAUCCUCCCAAAAACACCAUUGCCAUGCACAAACCAUCCGUGGGGGUGAUGGAGCUCGAACCGGCCAUACCGAAGCUGCAGAAGCAGCGUGAUCCGGAGAAGGAGAAGCGACGUAUUGCGCGGAAGAAGGAGAAACGCGCCACAUUGAUCCUUGGACUGAUUAUGGGGAGCUUUAUUGCAUGCUGGCUACCCUUUUUCUUCCUCUACAUCCUAACGCCACUCUGCACAAAGUGCCAAAUACCCGAGUCCGCCUUUGCCAUUGCCUUCUGGCUUGGCUACAUGAACUCCGCCCUCAAUCCCGCCAUUUACACCAUCUUCAACAAGGACUUCCGGCGCGCCUUUCGACGUAUCCUCUUCAAGUGAUGUUUGGCGUACGUGUGCUGCUACCGUUGCGUCCACAGGAGCAUCGAAAAGGCUACCGAGCGGGCAAUGGGCAGUGCACCAAUGGGCUACGGUGGCUACCUAAGUCGUCGCUAGCCCCCCUUCCCAACGCUUUGCCGCACAAGGACCCCACUUCGGACACAUAUGGCUGUAGGUGCUAGGGCUUACGAAUUCGUCAAAUUCUAUACAAAAUUUUGGGUGUGUGUUUGCGAAUUUUGUGUGUGAUAGACCAAUGAAAAUAAUAAAUAAAACACGGUAUGAUUGUUCUCUAGAAUAAAUAAUUCUAAAUGAAAAAAAAAAACACUACAGCAAUAACUAAAAAAAAUUUUAAAAAAAAUCAUGUUGAGUUGUAUCAGAGACAUAUGAAUUAAUCAAGUUGAAUAGAAAAAAAAUGUAGGCACCAAUUAAUUAAUAAAGAAAA